CCGAGACUUUAAAUCGCCUUCAUUUCCCCCAAAUCCUUCCUUUUCCUCUCCUCCCCCAGGCCGGCGGGGAGGCUGCUUCCACCGCCCUCCGCGCGCCCUCGCCCGGCCUUGCUCUGUCUCCGGGGACCAACAGCAGCCCGCCUCCAAAAGUUUGAUCAUCUCUCUCUCUCUUUUUUUUUUCUGCUGCUGCUUUUCGGUGGAAGCAGAAAAAGAGUGAGGCAGGGGCGAGCGCAGCGCCGGGACUCCUGGGACCAUGGGCCUGGCGCGGGCGCUCGCGGGGCCCCGGCCGCGCUGCCUGGCUGCCCUGGCGCCCCUGGGCGCGGGGCUGUGCUGCGGGUGCGGGGGCCGCGCGCUCUGAGCCGGCCUGGCGUGGCGGGGCGGGGGGUUGGCGGCCCCAUGGGGCGCGCCCACACUUGCCCCCCGGGCUCGGGAGCAUGAAGUAGGGGCCCGCCAUGGGAGCGGGAGCGGCGCGGGGGGCCCGAGGCACAGCGGCGGCGGCGGCGGCGGCGGCGGCGCGCGGGGGGGGGUUUCUCUUCACCUGGAUCUUAGUCUCAUUCGCCUGUCACCUGGCCUCCACCCAAGGAGCUCCUGAAGAUGUGGACGUCCUCCAGCGGCUGGGCCUCAGCUGGACCAAGGCAGCGGGCGGCCGGAGCCCCCCGCCCCCAGGGGUCAUCCCAUUCCAGUCGGGCUUCAUCGUAACGCAGCGGGCCCGGCUCCAGGCCCCCACGACCGCCAUCGUCCCCGCCGCCCUGGGCACAGAGCUGGCGCUGGUGCUGAGCCUCUGCUCCCAUCGGGUGAACCAUGCCUUCCUCUUCGCCGUCCGCAGCCGGAAGCACAAGCUGCAGCUGGGCCUGCAGUUCCUCCCCGGCAAGACGGUCGUCCACCUGGGACCCCGGCGUUCCGUGGCCUUCGACCUGGACGUGCACGACGGGCGCUGGCACCACCUGGCCCUGGAGCUCCGCGGCCGCACGGUCACGCUGGUGACGGCCUGCGGGCAGCGCCGGGUGCCUGUCCCGCUGGCUUUCCACAGGGACCCCGCGCUGGACCCUGAGGGCUCCUUCCUCUUGGGGAGGAUGAGCCCACACGCGGUCCAGUUCGAAGGCGCCCUGUGCCAGUUCAGUAUCUACCCUGUGACGCAGGUCGCUCACAAUUACUGCACCCACCUGAGGCGGCCGUGUGGACAGGCCGACAUGUACCGGCCCCAGCCGGGACCCCUCCUCCCCCGGGACUCGGGCGCACCCUUUGCCUUCCAGACUGACCUAGCCCUGCUCGGCCUGGGGAACCUGACCACUGCCAUGCCGGCCCUGGGCUCGUGGCCAGCAGGCAGGGGACCCAGAGGGACGGUGGUGCCCCCCACACCUACCAAGCCCCUAAGGACUAGCACCACAGACCCUCACAGGCGUGUCUCAGUGGGAGACCCAGCCCGGACCCCACUGCCACCUGCCAAGCUGUCAGCGAGCCAAGUGCUUCCUCCCGUGCCCCGAGCCCCUCCUGCGAGCUCCCCCACAUCUGUCCAGUCCUUGCAGAAGAGCACAGCCACCAAAACCCCCAAGAGCCACCCAAGCAAGCCUGCAGCCCCUUCUCCCAUUGCCCCUGUCAAAAGCCCCCGCCCCGCCCAGAAGGCAGCUCUCCCUUCCUCCAGAAAGUCAGCCCCUCCCACCAAGAAGCCAGUGCCACCCACUCUCCACCCAGUCCCUGCCCAAGUGUCCCGUCCCACAGGGAAGCCGGUCCAGAGGAAUCCUGUGACGCCCCGACCCCCACCUCCCAGCGCCCGGCCCCUGCCCCCCGCUGCCGGUGCCUCUAAAAAGCCCUUCCCCCCCGUUGUCCAGACAGAGGCCAAGAUGAGCAGCCGUGCCCGUGAGCCGGCUCCCGCCCGCACCAGCACACACAGACCUCCCCAACUCACUGUUUUGCCCCCCUCACCUGCCCCCAAUCCUGGCUCUACCAGGACCACUCGGCCUCUAGCCGCAGCGAUGCCUCCCACCCUCACUCCUGGUUCAGUCCCCACUGGAAGCAAGAAACCCACUGGACCAGAAGCCACAAAGAAAGCCAGACCCAAGAAGCCCGUCCCCCUCAGACCUGGGAAGGCAGCCAGGGAUGUCCCCAUCAGUGAUCCAACCACGGGGCCCAGCCCCAGCCAGUCCCGGCCCGGCCGGCAGACCACCCCGGCCCCAGCGUUGGCCCCGGCGCGAUUCCUGUCCUCCAGCCCCUGGCCCACGAGCAGUGGCUAUUCGUUCUUUCAUCUGGUGGGACCCACGCCUUUCCCGCUGCUGAUGGGGCCUCCGGGGCCGAAGGGAGACUGUGGUUUUCCGGGCCCCCCUGGGCUGCCUGGGCUCCCUGGACCCCCUGGUGCACGGGGACCUCGGGGUCCUCCUGGGCCUCACGGAAACCCAGGCCUCCCCGGCCCUCCCGGAGCCAAAGGACAGAAAGGGGACCCGGGGCUCUCACCGGGAAAAGCCCACGAUGGGACAAAGGGCGACAUGGGCUUGCCCGGGCUCCCUGGGGAUCCAGGACCGCUUGGACGAAAGGGAUACAAGGGCUACCCUGGACCUGCUGGGCACCCCGGAGAACAGGGGCGGCCGGGACCCGAGGGCAGCCCAGGGGCCAAAGGUUACCCUGGCAGGCAGGGGUUACCUGGACCUGUAGGAGACCCUGGUCCCAAAGGCAGCCGGGGCUACAUUGGACUCCCAGGGCUCUUCGGCCUGCCAGGGUCCGAUGGAGAGCGUGGCCUGCCUGGUGUUCCUGGCAAGAGGGGCAAGAUGGGUAGGCCGGGGUUUCCUGGAGACUUUGGGGAAAGAGGCCCACCCGGACUGGAUGGAAACCCCGGAGAGCUGGGCCUGCCAGGGCCCCCGGGAGUCCCCGGCCUCAUUGGUGACGUGGGAACGUUGGGUCCAAUUGGCUACCCAGGACCUAAAGGCAUGAAGGGGCUGAUGGGAAAUGUGGGGGAGCCCGGACUGAAAGGUGAUAAGGGCGAACAAGGGGUUCCAGGUGUGUCAGGAGAUGCCGGAUUCCAAGGAGACAAGGGCAGCCAGGGAUUGCCGGGGUUCCCAGGUGCACGGGGGAAGCCAGGUCCUCUGGGCAAGGUUGGAGAUAAAGGAUCCCUUGGGUUUCCUGGGCCCCCUGGGCCUGAGGGAUUCCCCGGAGACAUCGGCCCCCCUGGGGACAACGGCCCAGAAGGUGUGAAGGGGAAGCCUGGAGCUCGAGGCCUGCCGGGACCCCCUGGGCAGCUGGGGCCCGAGGGAGAUGAGGGACCCACGGGGCCACCUGGCGCCCCUGGCUUGGAGGGUCAACCUGGCAGGAAAGGGUUUCCUGGGAGGCCUGGCCCUGAUGGCUUGAAGGGGGAGCCGGGCAACCCUGGACGGCCGGGGCCCGUGGGUGAGCAGGGGCUCCUGGGCUUCGUCGGUCUGGUCGGGGAGCCAGGAAUCGUGGGAGAAAAGGGUGACCGGGGCAUGAUGGGACCCCCAGGAGCGCCUGGACCCAAGGGGUCAAUGGGUCAUCCUGGAACGCCCGGUGGUGUUGGGACCCCCGGAGAGCCCGGACCCCCGGGUCCUCCAGGAUCUCGAGGCCCACCAGGCAUGAGGGGAGCGAAGGGACGCCGGGGCCCCCGAGGACCAGAUGGACCAGCUGGGGAGCAGGGGUCCCGGGGUGUGAAGGGCCCCCCAGGACCGCAGGGCAGACUGGGCCAGCCUGGGCAGCAGGGUGCAGCUGGUGAGCGAGGGCACCUGGGCGCACGAGGCUUUCCUGGCAUCCCCGGCCCCUCGGGCCCACCUGGUACCAAGGGCCUCCCAGGAGAACCAGGCCCUCAGGGACCCCAAGGACCACUUGGCCCUCCAGGAGAGAUGGGACCCAAGGGGCCGCCGGGGGCAGUGGGAGAACCGGGCCUUCCUGGGGAAGCCGGGAUGAAGGGUGACCUUGGGCCUCUGGGCACCCCUGGGGAGCAAGGCCUCAUUGGGCAGCGGGGAGAGCCGGGCCUCGAAGGUGACAGUGGUCCUGCAGGGCCGGACGGGCUGAAGGGGGACAGGGGUGACCCAGGGCCUGACGGUGAGCGUGGUGAGAAGGGCCAGGAGGGACUGAUGGGUGAGGAUGGCCUCCCUGGCCCGCCUGGCAUCACUGGCAUCCGGGGUCCUGAAGGAAAACCAGGGAAGCAAGGCCCAAAGGGCCGGACCGGGGCCAAGGGUGCCAAGGGCUACCAAGGACAGCUGGGUGAGAUGGGAGCCCCUGGAGACCCCGGACCCCCUGGCACCCCAGGCCCUAAAGGGUCCCGGGGCAGCCUGGGACCAACGGGCGCUCCAGGACGGAUGGGGGCCCAAGGAGAACCGGGACUGGCUGGUUACGAUGGACACAAAGGCAUCGCGGGACCCCUCGGGCCUCCGGGACCAAAGGGCGAAAAGGGGGAGCAGGGCGAGGAUGGCAAGGCCGAGGGGCCCCCCGGGCCACCUGGAGAUCCGGGCCCUGUGGGUGAUCGAGGAGACCGCGGGGAGCCAGGGGACCCUGGAUACCCUGGACAGGAGGGUGUCCCCGGCCUCUGUGGAAAUGCGGGCCAGCAGGGCCUUCCCGGGCAUCCGGGACCCCGGGGGCGACCGGGACCCAAAGGAUCGAAAGGGGAAGAGGGACCAAAGGGAAAGCAAGGCAAGGCCGGGGCACCAGGACGGAGGGGGAUCCAGGGCCUGCAGGGGCUGCCGGGGCCCCGGGGUGUGGUGGGGAGACAGGGCCCUGAAGGUGUUGCUGGACCAGAUGGGCUUCCAGGCAGGGAUGGUCGACCGGGACAGCAGGGGGAGCAAGGAGCUGAUGGGACGCCUGGCCCCAUGGGUCCUGCUGGGAAGAGAGGAAACCCAGGUGUGGCCGGCUUGCCUGGAGCACAGGGACCCCCAGGAUUCAAGGGUGAAAGCGGACUACCUGGGCAGCUGGGUCCCCCCGGAAAGCGGGGGACAGAGGGCGGAACAGGUCUUCCUGGGAACCAGGGGGAGCCUGGAUCCAAAGGCCAGCCGGGUGACUCUGGCCAGAUGGGCUUCCCAGGAAUGGCUGGUCUCUUCGGACCCAAGGGCCCCCCUGGAGACAUCGGCUUCAAAGGCAUCCAGGGGCCUCGGGGGCCUCCUGGCUUGAUGGGAAAAGAAGGCAUCAUCGGGCCCCUUGGGAUCUUGGGACCUUCAGGACGCCCGGGUCCGAAGGGCGACAAAGGCAGCCAAGGGAACAUGGGAUUGCAAGGUCCGAGGGGUCCUCCCGGCCCCAGAGGGCGACCAGGCCCACCGGGUCCUCCAGGGAGACCUAUCCACUUUCAACAAGAUGACCUUGGGGCAGCUUUCCAGACGUGGAUGGACACUAAUGGAGCACUGAGAGCAGAGGUUUCCAGCCAUCCGGACCGGCUGGUGCUGGACCAGGGAGGGGAGAUCUUUAAAACCUUACACUACCUCAGCCACCUCAUCCAGAGCAUUAAGACGCCCCUGGGCACCAAAGAGAACCCCGCCCGGGUCUGCCGGGACCUCAUGGACUGCGAGCAGAAGAUGGCAGAUGGCACCUACUGGGUGGAUCCGAACCUUGGCUGCUCGUCCGACACCAUCGAAGUCUCCUGCAACUUCACGCAUGGUGGACAGACGUGUCUCAAGCCCAUCACAGCCUCCAAGGUCGAGUUUGCCGUCAGCCGGGUCCAGAUGAAUUUUCUGCACCUGCUAAGCUCUGAGGUGACACAGCAUAUCACCAUCCACUGCCUGAACAUGACCGUGUGGCAGGAGGGCCCCGGGCAGGCCCCAGCCAAGCGGGCAGUUCGCUUCCGGGCCUGGAACGGGCAGAUCUUCGAAGCUGGGGGUCAGUUCAGGCCUGAAGUGUCCAUGGAUGGCUGCAAGGUCCAGGAUGGCCGCUGGCAGCAGACGCUCUUCACCUUCCGGACCCAGGACCCCCAGCAGCUGCCCAUUGUCAGUGUGGACAACCUCCCUCCUGCCUCAUCAGGGAAGCAGUACCGCCUGGAAGUUGGACCUGCGUGCUUCCUCUGACCUCUGACCUCCUGGCUCCUCUAGGCCUGAGGGGAGGGAAGAGGAGUAGGAGGAGGCAAAGGGAGGGUACUUAGGGGCAGGUGGGCCCAGGAGAGGCAGGUCCCCUGCCCGAGGAUCCUAGGGCGGGCCCCAGAUGUUGUCUGCCCAGUAGAAGGGGCUGGGGGGUAACAGGGAGUGGGGUGACCCCAGCACAGCUCCAAAGACCAACCAAAGAGCCAGCCUGAGCCAACUGGGCCUGUCUCCCAGCUCCGCGGCCACCCCUUCCUCCCCAGCUUCCUGCCCAAGCAAGAGCCCCACGUUCCAGCCAGCUUGAGGGAAGGGGGCAGCUGGUCCCCGCCAGGGAGCUUCGAUGUGCAAUAUUAGAGAGGAGACAUGAAAAAAGGAGAAAAGGAAAGAAAGAACUAUAUAUAUUUUAUUUAAACAAACACAAAGGAGGUGCGUUACUAUUCUUUUCACCUGGGAAAGAGGUGAGAGGGUGAGAGAGAGCCGCCAGGGGUGGGAAGCAAAGGAAGCCGAGGGAGAGGAGACCCUCCCCUCGGGGCUGGGGGCACCCACGUUUGCUACCUCCCACUGUGGAAUCGCUGGUGCUCGCAAUCGUCUCUUAGUGUAUGUGAUUUUUUUUUUUUUUUACGAAAAAAACAAACAAACCCUAUUUAAGAUUCUAAAGGUGCUACCAUUUUUGCCACAGACGCUGAAGAAACGUUUUGAUGUGGGCUCUCCUCCACAUUUUUCUCUCUCCUCCAAAGGACAAAGUUUGGGGAACUUUUAAAUUCUCCUAGCAUCACCCAUGUGCUCAUCCGUAAUCUGCUAAGGAGGGGGGAAGAAGAAAGGGGAAGGAAAAAAAAAAAAAAGCAAAAGCAAAAAAAACCACAACACACACACACACACACACACA